CUCAUUCACUCCUACGUAGGAGUAUUUACUUCUACCAAGUAAGUAGUACUACUAAACAACAACUUCGUACUAGGGGGGGAAAAACAAAAAAGAGGAAACACUCCCAACAUUUUCUUUUGUUCACAAGUCGCUUCCGACAUGGGUGCAGAUGGAGGACAUGUUGGACUCGUUGACUUGGCCGGAGAUAACCCACAAAUUUCAUUAGUCAUAUCUGACAAAGGAAAAGAUGGUGGUGAGAAGAAGCAGCUGCAAAUUGUGUCUAACACCCUCAGUGAAAGGCUUGGCUUCGACGAGCUCUAUUCCCGGGAUGUUAGUACUAAUCACUAUUACCAAACGUGACAUCUGAUCAAUUGCUCCCUCAAUUCUUCUCAACCAAAUUUGUGGUUUUCUUACUUCUUAGCUUUUCUCUAAUCAUCAACACUAUAAAAUCAAUUUACUUUCAGGAGUGCCAAAACCAAUUAAUUCAUAUCCUAAUGUCACAAAUGAAUCAUUUUUUGUAUUUACGGAAAGAAAACAAACGUAUCAAAAUACGUAAUACAUUAUUAUUAUACAAGUUAUUUUUUUUUAUGGGGUAAGAAUCAACUUUGAAUUUGAUAAAUGGCACAGGUUUUGAGAGGGACAAUGGCGGAGCUAAUGGGGACGGCGGUUAUGGUAUACAUGAUGGACAACAUAAUCAUUUCAAGCGCCAAGUCCGACAUCGGCAAUUUGGCUAUGGCAAUUCUUCUAGGCCUCACCCUCGCAAUCAUACUAAUUACCCUGUUCCCAAUUUCGGGUGGGCACAUUAACCCGGCAAUUUCUCUGUCGGCUGCGCUAUUGGGCCAUAUCUCACUUUCCCGGGCCUUCAUGUACAUCUUGGCCCAGUGUGUGGGUGCUGCUUUCGGUGCCCUUUCCCUCAAAGCGGUGAUCAGCACCGAAGACGCCGACCAUUUUAGUCUUGUCGGUUGUACCAUCACUGAGAUCAAGCCCGGACCAGAUGGGCCUGUCAAAAUCGGCCUAGGCUUAGCCCAGGCCUUCUGGCUGGAGACAUUUUUCACAUUUUCCGUUCUGUUGACUGCACUUGGGAUUGCGUUUAACCCCCGGCUCAUGAAAUCUUUUGGCGCUGGCUUGGUUUUCCCCAUCAUUGGACUCAUUGUGGCCCUCGUCAUCUUUGCGUCGACCACCGUGACGGGCCAAAAGGGGUAUGCCGGUGUCGGAUUGAAUCCGGCGAGGUGUUUCGGCGCCGCCCUUGUGAGAGGAGGCCAUCUUUGGGAUGGGCAUUGGAUAUUUUGGAUUGGCCCACUUAUUGCUUGCUUUGGGUUUUACUUUUACUCAAAAGCUGUAAUUGAUGAAGAAUCCCAGGCCCAAGUCCGCAAGCAUGAUUUCUUGGGCCUCAUUAAGGCUUUGAUUAGACGUUAAAUUCGAAGGGUAAUUGCAAAACAUUGAUGUCUAAUGAAAGUAAAAAUUUUAUGAAAAUUCCAGUAUUAUCAGUUUUAUAUUUGACCUUUUGCAAUUUUGCAUCCUAUACUAAUCUUAUUUUUUUGUUACACGAGACUAUUAUAUAUAUCCCUCUGUUUCAUUGAGCAAGUUUCUUCUGUCCCAAAAUAAUUAUCUUGUUUAACAUUUUACUUUUCGU